CAAUUAUGGACCUAAAUAGAAGAAUAAAUUUGAAAGAAACCUUCGGUCCUUUUUGGGUCUCCGCCUUGCUUCGCUUUUCUGGACGGAGGGAAUCCAACGUCUCCCUCUAUUUAUCGGCCGGAAACCCUAACCCCAAACCCCAAAACAGUAACUUUCUUGCUUUUCCUUCUGGGUUCGCUGAUUCAGGCGGGGUUUGGGAGUCCGAGGACGGUCGGCUAGGUGGGGAAUGGAAGGGGGUGCGGCGGAUUACAAUCCUCGGACUCCUGAGGAUGUCUUCAGGGAUUUCAGAAGCCGGCGGGCCGGAAUGAUCAAGGCUCUGACCACUGAUGUCGAGAAGUUCUACCAGCAAUGUGAUCCCGAAAAGGAGAAUUUAUGUCUAUAUGGGCUACCUAAUGAGACUUGGGAGGUAAACUUGCCAGCUGAGGAAGUUCCAGCUGAACUUCCAGAACCAGCAUUAGGAAUAAACUUUGCGAGGGAUGGAAUGGCUGAAAAGGAUUGGUUGUCACUGGUUGCAGUUCACAGUGACGCAUGGUUACUGUCUGUUGCUUUCUAUUUUGGGGCACGUUUUGGGUUUGAUAAAGAAGCUAGUCCAGUGGCAAAGUUAUGAUCUUCUGAACUAUCGCGAGCUUGCUACUAAAACGUGUAUGGGAGCUGCAACAGCGCCGAAGAUGCUGGACAUUGAACUUGCUAGAUCUAUUCUCGGUCUGUGGGAUGACUAUGCUAUGGAUCUGCGUGGCUUCUCUCUGUUCAUUUAUAUGCUGAUGAAGAGGCUUUUCCACAUGAUUAAUGGUCUCCCAACUAUAUAUGAAGUUGUAACAGGAACCUCCAGAAAACAAUCAAAAGAAAGAACUAACAACAGCAGCAAGAGCAACAAGUCUGGUUUGAAGAACUCACGGCAGUCUGAGUCUUAUACAAAGGCCUCAAAGAUGCCUCCACCAAAGGAAGGGGCAGGGAGUGAAGGAGAGGACAAUGAGGACAUGGAGGAACAUGGAAACACUCUAUGUGGUGCAUGCGGGGACAACUAUGCUAAUGAUGAAUUCUGGAUUUGUUGUGAUGUGUGUGAAAAAUGGUACCAUGGGAAGUGCGUUAAGAUUACUCCUGCAAGGGCUGAGCACAUCAAGCAGUACAAAUGCCCUGGUUGCAGUACCAAAAGGGCCAGAGCAUGAAGGAAUUGAGAAUUUGUGGUGGUCGUUUCAGACAGGGAGCUUCAGUAAUAUGAAGAGGAGAACCAUUUUGGAUGCAGCAGCAAAUUGAUAUGCUCGCCAAAUCUCCUUGAUCUCAAUUUAGACAUGAAAUCUGUAGUCCUAAUACAUAUUUGUCUCUGUAUUUUGUGUCUGUUUAGUUUUGACAAGCUCUAAUGGAUGGUUUUCUUGUGAUCUGAAA